GGCUGAGCCCAGCCCGGCCCCCGGGGCGGAGCCGGCGGAGCAGCGCCCGGCGGAGCGGGGAGCGGCGGAUCCCGGGGCAGCCCGGGCCGGCUCCGGGAUGAGCUUCCCGCGGCCCCUGCGCCGCUCCGUGAGCCUCAGCCCGGCCCGCACCCUGCGCCUCGUCGUGCUGGGACAGAGCGCCGUGGGCAAGACAGCCCUGACCGUGCGAUUCAUCACCAGGAGAUUCAUUGGAGACUAUGACCCAACCCUAGAAAUGAUCUACAGGCACGUGGCUGUCAUCGAUGGGGAGAUGGUGCACUUCGAGAUCCUCGACACAGCCGGACAGGAGGAGGACUCCCUGCAGAUCGAGGAGAAGAUCAAGUGGGGCGAUGGCUUUGCCGUGGUCUACUCGGUGACCGACCGCUGCAGCUUUGACGAGGUGAUGCGGCUCUGCUUCCUCAUCAACCACCUGCACGCCAGCCCCAAGCGCAGCGGCCCCGCCGAGCAGCCCCCCGUGGUCAUCGUGGGCAACAAGAAGGACCUGCAGUUCGACAGGAUGGUGUCCACCGAGGACGGGGAGAACCUCUCCAAAGCCCUCAAGAUUCCCUUCUACGAGAUCUCCACCCGGGACAGCUACGAGGAGCCGGUGGCGGUGUUCAGCAGCCUCUACCAGGAGCUGCUCAGGCAGGGCCACUUCUCGCCGGGCUCCUUCAAGAGGAGGACAGUGUCCAAGCUCAUGGAGAAGAUUCCCAAAAUGCAAGCCAGCUCCACCCUGAACUCCGCGGGCCGGAGCCUCAGCUUUAACUCCUUCAGGGACUACAUUCCCGAGUGAGCGCCCGGCUCCAGCCCGGGAUGGGGCGGCUGCUGGGGCUGUGCCGGCUCUCCGGAGGGGAAGGGCAGGAGUGGGGAGGGUGGCACUGGGUACAAAAGCCUGUGGGUUCUUCUUACAGGGGGCUUUGUGCCAGCAGGGAAGGUUUUCUUCAUCCGUCUGAUCCCUUUGUUCCCUCCUCCCCCUCUGGCAGAGCUGAGGUGGCCCUGGUGACUCCAGAGGUGUUGGGACAACCCUUGGAGGGAGGCUCAGCCGUGUUUUGGUGGGGCUCAGACCCAGCACAGGCACGUCUUGGGGGGGCUUUCCCCCUCCCCUGAGCUGGCUGGGUGUGUCUGCACCCCAAACCCAGCACCCACCGUGCUGGGUGACCCCGAAGGCUGUGCUGGCUCCCGGGCUGGCAGCAGCCAUUCCCUGGGGAUGGAGCCUGCUUCCUCAGCGUGGCUGGUGAGUAAAACCCCUGGAUCCUCAAACCCUUCCAGCCCAUCCAGGCUGUGCUCAGUAGCACGGACACAACGGAGCCGAUUCCAGAAGCUGCUUGCAGGUCCCCCUCUCUCUGCUCAUCUGCUGCCCCGUUCCCAGAGGGAAAACCACUGUGGCCUGAGGAGUUGUUGUUUUGCACAGGGAUGGGGCAGGAAAGGUGUGGGAAGGAGCUGGGCUCGUGGCUCAUAUUCCAUCCCUCCCUCUGGGUGUUGGGGCUGUGUGGCUGGUCGGGGUGGCUGUGCUGGGACCCUGUGGUGUGACUCCCCUGUCCCCUCUGUUGUGACCGACCCCAUUGUCUGCUGCCGUGUCCUGUGACAAUAAAAGCCGAGUUCCCAACC